CCAGAUCGAUCACAAAUCGAUAAACGGUAAAAGAAACGAAAUAUUUGACGUAGAAUUGGACAAGGCAAAUAUAUAUCAUGUCAACAACAAUAUGGGAAACGGAGCACGAUGAUGAGUGCUUGCACUAUGAUUCCUCCAGCUGCAACCAAUUGUUUGGAGACGAAGAAGAUUCAGAGGAGUUGUUUGAGAUCAAUGUGAAGGAGCUUUUGGAUGACUGUGAGAGCACUGUGUUCUCUCUUGAUAUUGAUCACACAAACCAGAAAGAUGUUGUUUAUGUGGCAGUUGGUGGUGAUGGAGAUUCGAGCAUGGAAGCGUUUUCAUGGGCGUUGAAGCACGCCGUGACACCCUCAACCACCGUCUGUCUUAUUCAUGUUUUCCCUCAAGUCAAGCUCAUUCCAAGUCCAUUGGGAAAAAUUCCACGGAGUCGGGUAAAUCUAGAGUAUGUUAACAUCUACUUGACCCAAGAGAAAGGCAAGAGGAAAUUGCUCCUUCGAAAGUUCAUUGACCUAUGCAUUGAUUCAAAGGUUAAGGUGGAGAUGAUGCUUAUUGAGAGUGACAACGUAGCUAAAGCAAUCGUGGACCUUGUCGGGAAUCUUAAUAUAAGGAAAUUGGUGAUUGGAACUACCAAAUCUAAUUUGAGAAAAUCUGGGUCUAGAAGUAAAAAUGCCAUAGCGGACAAGGUACUCAUAAAUGUACAAGAAAGCUGUGAUAUUAAAAUCAUAUGCGAGGGAAGAGAAGUGAUUGACCAGAUGAUUGACAGCACUUCACCACCCUCCAGUGACACGGGCAGUUCCAGAGUUUCACAUGAUGAAGAUGGAUCCCGAGGUUUUGUCCCAAUUAAGCGUUUUUGGCCCAAUAUGUUAUGGUUAUUUAGGUCCAGAUUUUUAUCACCGAGAUGAGUAAAUACUUUUUUUUUGGAAACAGAUGAGUAAAUACUAAAUAUGUAUAAGAAGGCUUUUUUAAUUUUGGGAGUGUUUUUAGGCUUGGAAUAUGCAAGUGACUGAUUGUUGCUGUUAGGAUUCAGUCGUACCUUAGAAAAUAGA